AUGAAAGCAGCCACAAGAAACAAUAUCACUAAUAAAGUGUUCAUGACCACAUUUCUAGUAGCAUUCUCAUCAGUGGCUUUAACUUCUGCUUUUCCAUGUCCAGCACAUACUUUAAAUUCAGAUACACCAAUAAUAGAAAAAAAAGAUAAUGACGACGAUCAAUUGCAAAGGAAAAAAAACUGA